CAUUCUCACAGUAUCACUUCGAGGCCGUGAAGUAAAGGAGUAAAAAUUUAUGGACCAAAAUUUUACCUAAUGCUCCAGUUUUACGAAAUCGCGAGAUUCUAAGCAAUAAAUAAAUCUUUUUCGUGCCACGGAUAUAGUUAGUGAACAUGAAAGUACUAGUGAAAUUGGUCGUCCUAUGUCUGCAUUUUCUCUUGGCCAUGAAUCACGUCACUUCAGAAGAGUCACUGAAACCUGGCUCUGACAGUCACUUACCUUUCGCAGCUCGCAUCUGGGAUCAGCAUCUUCUUAGAGAACAAAUUUACCAGCCGAAAGCCGAUAAAACCGGGGAAACGGGUCCAAAUGGUUGGGAAGGACCUCGAAAAAAUAAUUUGAUCGAUUUUUCGACGAUUAAGUAUGAUUCGGGAUUGCUGGAUGCAUUCCAACAGACAUCGGAAGAAAUGCGUAAAUGGGAGUUAUUUUCAAAGAAGAAUUUCCACACUGUUAUCAUGCCCUUAAUGUACGACCCUAAUUUCAUGAAAGCCCCUGGUGGCCCAAAAGGACCGAGCGCACCUGCUCAUUAA